GAAAUAUUGAAAAAUAAUCAUCAUUUAACUACAUAGACAAUUUAGAAAAAGGUCAGAUUUUGCGAUACUUUAACUUGUAGAACCGUGUUAGAUCCGCGCCUUUCUGUUUUGUGUUUUCUUCUCUCAAAACAUGGCGGCCCUCAAGGUCUUCAGUGCGUGUAACAAAAACUCUGCUCGACAGACGAAGGGUUUGCUCUCUAUAGCGUCGUUUGAGCAAUCCAGAACGUUCAGCGCCUCACGCACCCACUACAAGGCCAAGUUCUUUGAUUCCGCAGUAGAUGCUACACAGGACAUUGGUGAUGGAGCCAAGCUGUUGGUGGGAGGAUUUGGCCUGUGUGGGAUCCCAGAGAACCUGAUUGCUGCCUUACUGCAGUCAAAAGUUAAAGGGCUGACAGUCGUCAGCAACAAUGCAGGGGUGGAUAACUUUGGACUGGGACUCCUUCUGAGGCAGAAUCAGAUCAAGCGGAUGAUUUCGUCCUAUGUUGGAGAAAACGCUGAGUUUGAGAGGCAAUACUUGGAGGGAGAACUCGAGGUGGAACUCACUCCUCAGGGGACAUUGGCAGAAAGAAUCCGAGCCGGUGGAGCAGGUAUUCCAGCAUUCUUCACUCCAACGGGAUACGGGACCCUGAUUCAAGAGGGUGGGGCACCAGUCAAAUACAAUCCCGACAAAUCAGUAGAAAUCAUCAGCGACCCAAGGGAGGUCAGAGAAUUCAACGGCUUUAAGUACAUCAUGGAGGAGGCAAUCACUGGUGACUUUGCCCUGGUCAAAGCUUACAAGGCAGACAAACUGGGCAACCUCAUCUUCAGGAAGACUGCCCGUAACUUCAACCCUCCGAUGUGUAAGGCGGGCCGCAUCACAAUCGCUGAGGUGGAGGAGAUUGUGGAGGUUGGGGAAAUCCCCCCGGAGGACAUCCAUGUACCUCACGUCUACGUCCAGAGGGUCAUCAAGGGACCCAGCUACGAGAAGAGGAUUGAGAGGAUGACAACAAGAACGGAAGGUCAGAGUGACCCGGAGGCGAACGAUGCCGCCGCUGAAAUGAGGAACAGAAUCAUCAAACGAGCCGCGCUGGAGUUCCACGACGGAAUCUAUGCCAAUCUUGGUAUUGGGAUGCCGAUGUUAGCCAGUAACUACAUACCUCCGGGAAUGACCGUCCAUUUACAGAGUGAGAACGGAAUCAUGGGACUCGGCCCCUACCCACUGCCCAACGAGGUGGACCCCGAUUUGAUCAAUGCUGGGAAACAAACCGUUACCAACAUCCCGGGAAGCUCUUUCUUCUCCAGCGACGAUUCCUUUGCCAUGAUCCGAGGAGGCCACAUAAAUCUCACCAUUCUUGGUGCAUUACAAGUUUCACGCUAUGGAGACCUGGCCAACUGGAUGAUUCCGGGUCGUCUGGUGAAGGGGAUGGGUGGAGCUAUGGAUCUCGUGUCCAGUCACAAAACCAAGGUCAUCGUAACCAUGGAGCACCAGGACAAGAAAGGAAAUAGCAAGAUUGUGGACAAUUGUAAUCUGCCAUUGACUGGCAAGAACUGUGUUGACAUGAUCAUCACUGACAAAUGUGUGUUUGAGGUGGACAAAGAAAAGGGACUCGUCCUUACAGAGAUUGCGGAGACGGAGGAUAUUCCAAGCAUUGUUGGAGCCACCAGCUGUGAAUUUGUGGUGGCACCCGAGGUGAAACCAAUGGGACAGAUUAAAUCAUAGAGGAAGGGAGAUAACUCACUGCUCAUAUUGUCAUGUUUGUGUGUCUGUUAUAAACUGAUCGCCUUGCAGUGGAGGAUAACACAGUGACACGUAUAGGACCAUAGUGAUGUGUCUAGACUGUGAAGGGUAUACAGUGACUAGACACUGUCAGAAACACACAUUUCAUCAGAUCUGAGACAAUCCUCUGGGAGUACUUGGAACAACUUUCUGUGAUGGGUCUUGGAACAGCCUUCCUUCCCUUGCAUUAUAACAAUGCUGUUCAGUUCACACUGAAUUCCAGAGAAAGAUCCAACACUGCCUAGCAUAGCUGAUACAACCUGAUGUCAAAUAAGUUAUGUGUAUUUACCAGUAUUUACUGGAGCAACUGUUUUUUUAUUUUAUGAAGGGAAAUCUAUUUUUCACUGCAGGGCAUUAAUGAAAAUCCAUGAAAUCAUGUAUAACAGCAUAAACAUAUCUGUUUCCAUCUUACAACCAGUAUUGUACUCUUACUUUGUAUUUACUUUUCUAUUUUGCACUCAAUGUCGUUGUGUGAAGCAGAUUUACAACACAAUUUAUAUUAAAAUAAUGUUUGAUAUUGGUAAAGUCUACAUAUUUAUUGUGUGGCUCUUGUGUUUUAUAACACUUUACAGAUAUUUAUUUUUGAAUCAUAUUUUUAUAGCCUUUAAAAGUUCCAAAUUAACGAUAAAAUUGCUGACACAUGAUAUGAAAUCAUAUCAAAUAUUUUUUUAAUCAGAUUCUAAAACAAAAAAUUUGGGUUAUAAAGAAUCAUAGUUCACAUGUGGGCGAUUGCAUGAAAUAAUUGUAUCAAAAGAAUUUUGUGGAAAAAUAUUGUUGCAAAAUACCUGUAAAACUUUAUGCAACACUUGUAGAAGACAUUGAUUUAAACCUGAAAUAUUGUUUUGUUUCUGAAUAAAAUGUGAUAGUUUUAA